CAUUCAGAGUUAAGAAGCAAGGCCUUAUUGGGGCACCUGGCUGGCUCAGCCAGUAGAAUAUGUGACUCUUGAUCUUGGGGUUGUGCAUUUGAGCCCCACGUUGGGUGUAGAGAUUACUUAAAAAUAAAAUCUUAGCACUCGUGUGUGAGGCAAGCAGAGCCAGAGUCAAAACCAGAGGCCGAACUCGGGAGCUGCCAAGAUGGCCAGGCUUCCCCACAGGAUUAUCAAGGAAACCCAGCGAUUGCUGGCAGAAGCAGUUCCUGGCAUUAAAGCACAACCAGAUGAGAAAAAUGCCCGUUAUUUUCCUGUGGCCGUUGCUGGCCCCCAGGAUUUCCCUUUGACGGAAAUACUUUUAUUUUUUUCUUUUCUUUCUCUUUUCUUUUUUGUUGAGGGAGGGACUUUUAAACUUGAACUAUUCCUUCCAGAAGAAUACUCGACAGUAGCACUUAAACUAUGUUUCAUGACCAAAAUUUAUCAUCCUAAUGUAGACGCAUUGGGAAGAAUAUGUUUGGAUAUUUUGAAAGGGAAGUGGUCCCCAGCACUGCACAUCCGUAUAGAUCUGCUGUCGAUCCAGGCUUUGUUAAGUGCUUCCACGAUGAUGUAGCGGAACAGUGGAAGACCAACGAAGCCCAAGCCAUAGAAACAGCUAGAGCAUUCACUAGGCUGUGUGCCAUGAAUAAUAAAAAUCGAGCUGAUCAUUAAGCCUGCAUCACUUCUCCUGUUCUGCC